CAAGAAUGAAAUAUUAAAGGAAACCUCGGUCACCUAUAGUAUCUGAAGGAAGGCUGAGAUAGUUGUCUUCCUCAGAACAUUUGAAUUCUUUGUUCAUUCUUGGAAUGCUAACAGCCCAGGACUAUGGUUUAUCUGUGGCCUACGUUUGUUCGAAACAAGAUGUCUUCAGCGUGGAGCGCAGACAGUGGCGAAGGGCCCCCUACAGGGGCGUCCGCGAACUCCGACAGCAAAGCCAACAGCUCCAGUGAGGAUCUGGCCGAUGCUGAAGGUGUAUGGAGUCCCGACAUUGAACAGAGUUUCCAAGAAGCUUUAGCCAUAUACCCACCAUGUGGCCGUCGGAAAAUAAUAUUAUCAGAUGAAGGCAAAAUGUAUGGUCGAAAUGAACUAAUUGCCCGCUACAUCAAACUCCGUACAGGGAAGACACGCACCAGGAAGCAAGUGUCCAGUCACAUUCAGGUCCUGGCCAGAAGGAAAGCCAAAGAAAUACAGGCACAACUCAAAGUAAUUACGGAGCCGCAGGACCAGGCAUCCCGAGACAAGGCUCUCCAGCAGAUGGCGUCGAUGUCAUCGGCACAGAUUGUGUCAGCUAGCGCAAUCCACAACAAGGCCCUGGCCUCUGGUCUCAGCUGUCUCCCAGGCAUGGCCCCCGUCAGACCAGCCUACCCAGGGGCGCCAUCGUUCUGGCAGCCUGGCAUCACACCUCAAGGAGAUGUAAAACCGUUUAGUUCCUCGGGCUACGGAAUCGACUCCAAGCUCCAGUCCUCGAUACCCGGUGACGUGUCUCCAGCGUGGCAAGGGAGGUCAAUAGCAGGGCCCAAGCUCCGAUUGGUGGAGUUCUCUGCCUUCCUAGAACAACAGCGAGAUCCUGAUUCAUACCACAAGCACCUGUUCGUCCACAUCGGGUCAAAUGCUGGCUACAACGAUCCACUCCUGGAGGCUGUCGACAUCCGCCAGAUCUACGACAAGUUCCCUGAGAAGAAGGGCGGCCUCAAAGAGCUGUAUGAUAAGGGCCCCCAACAAUCCUUCUUCCUCGUUAAAUUCUGGGCUGAUAUCAACACCAAUGUGCAGGAUGAGGCCGGGGCUUUCUAUGGAGUGACAAGCCAGUACGAGAGCACCGAGAACAUGACGAUACAGGUGUCCACCAAAGUGUGUUCUUUCGGGAAGCAGGUCGUGGAAAAAGUGGAGACGGAGUAUCCUCGGUUUGAGAAUGGGCGAUUCGUGUAUAGAAUCCAUCGUUCCCCGAUGUGCGAAUACAUGAUCAACUUUAUUCACAAACUGAAGCACCUGCCGGAGAAGUACAUGAUGAACAGUGUUCUGGAAAACUUCACUAUUCUACAGGUGGUUACCAAUCGUGACACACAGGAGUGUCUUCUGUGUAUUGCCAACGUGUUCGAGGUGUCGACAAGUGAACAUGGAGCCCAACAUCACAUCUACAAGCUUGUCAAAGACUAGCCAGCAUUCGUGGGGAAACAGACUCGAUACAAACAUUAUAUAUUGUCCCCUCAUUCACCAUUGAAGCAAUAAGAGCUGUGUUUGUGAAGGAAGUACGCCGGGUCAUCGGAAACACCGCAUCAAACACUCUGGUGAAGCUCGGAACACAUCAUGUGCCUUUAUCAUGCAAGACCUUAUCCUCUUGGUGCAUAGAUCUGCUGGAUUCGUCUGGCUGUGUGAUACGGGAUUAUAUUCAAUGAGCAAGAACAUGUACCAAUCAGGACAGAGCUUAUGCCACAGCUUGUCCGUGAUUGGUCGAUCUCGUCUAGAGAGUCUUCUUAGACGCAAUAGUGCUUAUGGUUGCCAAAUGAUUAGUACAGACUGCAGUAGUUGCAAAACACUUUUGUGGUAGAUUCUUUCUUGUAGGAGAAGAAGUUGGAACCGAUUUCUUGUGAUUUGUUUUGUUAUGUUUCGUUGCUGAUAGUUGUGAGUGUGUAGUUGCUGAUGCCCAAUUCUGAAGUGGAACGACCAAGUGCUACUUUCAUCGGACAGACUGACAUGGAUAUGUGCGAACAUUCUCCAUCACUGGUCGAGGUUUACUUGGAACGAUUCACACCACACUGCAGAAUGUCUGUCCAGACCGUUCCACUUCAACACCAGCUCCUGUAGUUGCCCGAGUCUUUUGUUAGCAUGCCUUGGUGAUUACAUCAGAUUAUGAUGAAAACCGUUUGUUUGGAUUUUACUAGUAAUGUACUGUAAACGUGUUUUUUAGGACACAACUGGAUACUGUUUGAGAUUUAGUUCGAAUUUAUUUUGUUCAGUAUUUCCCCGUUGUUGAUUCAUCAUCAAGGCAUCCAAAUUAUUUCUGAGCAUUAUAAACUGCUUUAAGAAGAAACGUCCAAACAGUAUUACGCAAAUCUUUUGAAGAAUGACAUUUGGUUGAUUUGUUGAAUGCUAAACUGGCAUUAAGAUACACUGCUGCAGUAGUCAAUCUAGUGCUGCUUAUACAAAGGCAGACAACUCUUUCAGAGCACUGUCCAAUGGGCAGACAACUCUUUCAGAGCACAGUCCAGUGGGCAGACAACUCUUUCAGAGCUCUGUCCAAUGGGCAGACCACUAAAAGAACUGCCAUAAGGGUAGACAACUCAUUGUUACGACACAAGUUUUUCACUGUAUAUUGCCCAUCACCUCACAUCUCCAUCAACUGAAACCUAUAUUUUCUUACUGUCUGUGUGUAUACAUAUGUUUCAUGUCAAAUUACAAGAUAACUAUUUAUUCAUAGCCAUAUAUAUCUCCGAACGUCCACUAAAGAUCCGACCACUAGGUGGUUGCAUGUGCCUUAAACAUAUUGUACGUCUCAAGACAGCAUCUACUUAGUGUCAGGUACCAAACACCAAACAGGCUUUGUUAAAUAGUUCUAUUUAUAUGCAUGUUGUCAUGAACACGGUUUCCUGUUCGAGCAAAACCCAUUAAAUAUAUAAGAUAUAUAUGCAAUUUGAUAAUUCGGCAUUCUACUGCCCUCACUAAUGUUUUCCCUGCCAUCUCGUGUAAUUCUUUUGUGUGCCUUUCUACUAUUCUUUAGAUGUCCAGGAUAUUCCCUCCACGGUUACAGUGUUAAAUAUAAUGUUUGUAGUUUAUGACAAAAGGUGAAAAAGUAUUUGAAGUUUUUAGACCAUUGUGGCAACUCGAUAUCUUGAGCAAUAAAUUAUUCUUCUAUAAUAUACAUACAUAAUAGCACCUUAGCAUGAUAUAACGAUAAUGAACUGAAUAUUUUUUUACACUUUAACAGCAUGAAGUAAUCACGUACAUUUAUUGUAUUUUAAAUUUAAGAUUUUGAAACUUGUUAUAUGAUAUGAAGAUGAAAUAUAUUUUGAACAUUUGCUACAUGGAAAUGUUUGAAUACAUUUAUUGAAUUUUAUGAUUGAGAAGUUUGAAACUUGUUAUAUGUCGUCACCUGAACUGUGAACCUGGGUGACAUUUCAUGCUCUUCUUGAACUGUCUUGCAAUAUAUGACAGUAGAGUUCAACAUAACACUAUCAAAACAAUAAUAUAUUUUUAUGCUUGGAAAUGUUUCAUUGUUAUUUUAGCAGAAAACCGAAACCAUCAAAUAUUGGUAUGUGAAGAAUGUUUCGUAUUAAGACCUCACUGAGACAAAGAGUGCCUAAUCAAUUUUGUUAACAAAUUUGUUGUGAUUAAUGCUGGGCAAUAAAUUCAUACGGCUUUUGCUGUCAUACGGUCAUGCCAUGCGACAUACGGUCAUGCCAUGCGUCAUACACACUGUCUUGUUACUCUUGUCUUUUGACAAAACACCAAUCUUGAACACAGUUGUUAAUUGAAGAAUAAAGAUCUUAUUUGUCUUUGAUAUUUGCCUAACCUGAUUGUAAAUAAUGCAUUGUCAUUCAAUAAUUACCCAUCCUUCAUCACUCAUCAUCAUGUCAAGGUCACAGUGUUGGAGAAGGUCAGGGUCAGUCCCCAAGGACAAGAUGGCAUCUCUGAGUGGUAUUGUCAGGAUAAGCCUAGAUCUUGUUCUACUUAACAGUGCCUGUCUUUCCUUGUUGUUUGUAAAUUCUUAAGUGUAAAUGUCAGAUUUGUUAGUUAAGUCUUGUGUUUAAAUUAUAUAUAACCAUUUAAUAUGUAAAUUAAUAGAUCUAGGCCACAUUGGUCUUGAUUUAUGGACAGACUAAAUUAUCUUUAAAUCUUAUAACAAUUUUUGUUUACUGAGCAAACAACAUUAGGGAUCGUGAAUUAUUGGGGAUAUGUUUUUGAAAAUGUGUGCUCUGUCUUCACUACAAAAAAUAUGCCCCAAAAUGUCCAUGAUCCCCAACGUUUUUUGUUCAGGAUAUUAACAUAAACUGUUUUUAAAGUGAAAUUAAUUUUAUUGUAACAAUUACCAGUAUUUAAUAUACACAUAAACUUAUCUCCUGUUUUAAACAAAAGAAUAAUUCACUGGUAGAAGAUAAGGUUCUGUUUCCUUCAUAUUGAUCACAUGAUCAGUGAUGUCAGUUUUUCCUCAAAUAUAGUACUCAAUAUUGUCUUACUCGAGAAGCAAUUGAAACUGUUUUGCUACUUUGUCAUGUCCUGUCAUGCUAUGGACAUGAGUGACAUGUUGGUGACAUGUCAAUCUGUCACCCUGACAGUACCAUAUGUCUGUGUCGGGGGCUGACAGGCCUUGUUUAUACCAACUGAGGGAACAUUUAGUCAUAGAUUACAUUGUGAAGAAUUCAAAAUCUGCCUUUGAGCUUUAAUUUCUGCGUUGAACAAAAUUUGCUUUUAUUUCAAACUGUAAAGUAUAUUGUAUUACCUUGUCUAUUUUCGAUUUCUGAAAAUGAAAAGUGACUUUAAUUUUGUACUUUAAUUUUUGAAGUGAUCUUAUUUUAAGUGUAUUUUAAGACGUGAAAUCUGCGACUCAAAGUUCUUCAGUAAUUUUACUUCAAGUGUUCUUAACAAUUGUACAGAUAUCUGUAUGUUAUGCUGAUCAUGCAAUUUUAGUUAGAGAUGGUCCACAACAUAUGAUCGCCUCAGAAACAUUUUUGAAACAUAAGAAAUAAAAUCGUAUCACAUGUAAUGAAGGAUUAAUUUUGUGUUUUUGCAGUGAUGUUUCUGUGUCUCCAAAGCCACAAAGCGCAGGAGACAGGGUAAUAAUGCAUGUAACAUAAGACCCUUGUUCCUAAACCCAACUUCCCCUCCCCUCGCCUCCCCUCCCCUCACCCCAUCCCUCCAGACACCAAUCUAUCACAAGCUUUAACUUACAACAGGUGUUGUGAGUCUAGUCACCUUUAGUAUAUAUCAUGUAUGUGCAGGGUAUGUGUAACCUGUAUUCCUAACAAACUAAUAUUUUAAAGUUACUUUUAAUUGUUUGAGGUAUGAUGUUCAGGAGUGUUUCUCCAUGUUAGUAAGGGACUGAGCAUCUCAUAUUCUGGAGGGGGUUGGGAUUUUUUGAACAAAAUAAAUUGUCCCAGAAAAUGUUUGAAAAGAAAAUCAUAAUGCCUCACUCUGUUGAGAGAAAAAAUAAAUUGUCGUCCACAAAAAUUACAUUGUUGGAAGGUGUUUUUAAAAAAAAUAAAUAAAGUUUUAAUUUUUAAAAAACCCAUCUGGUUUUGCAGCUCUAGCUGAAAAUAUAGUAGUCACUAAACACAAUCCCAGGACUAGCACCCCCACCUACCAGAAUAUUGUUUGGUUUGUCCCUCAGUAAGGACAAUAUUUUUAAGUAACUGAUAACCAUUAACCAACUAGUAUUAAAUGUAAAAUUUUCUUUUUCGACAUAAAGAGAAAGCUUUAUAAUAAUUCUGAUGUAACGAUAUGAUGUUGAAUAUUCCAUCAGUAAAUACAUUUGAAGAUUUUGUUUCAAGGCUUCUGCCAUGAUCUGAACCAGCAGCUGGACUUAACUAAACCAUUGUCCAUUUUAACCCAAGCCACACUUGUACACCCAACCACCACCCCCGAAUAAGCAGUUUCGAUCAUGCAUUGUUUUUAUAAUAUACAAAUUUGUACAAUAUGUUUGAAUAAAUGCUUUUGUAAAGAA